AUGAAAUAUGGGAAAUAUCUUGCAUCAAGACAAUUAGAAUUACCAGAGUAUUCAGGUCAUUUCAUAGAUUACAAGGCAUUAAAGAAGUUGAUAAAACAAUUAGCAUUACCAGCAAAUCAUAGUAAUCAUAGUUCAAUAAGUUUAUCCUCAACAAGCACAACUACAAAUGGAGAAGUUCUAAAUUCAGAAAUACAACAAUCUUUAAAAGAGAAUAAAGCUACUUUCUUCUUCAGAGUUGAAAGAGAAUUAGAUAAAGUCAACUCUUUCUAUUUAGAAAAACAAGCUAAUUUAUCUAUCAAUUUAAAUUUAUUAGUAUUGAAAAGAAAUGAACUUUUCACCAAAUCUUAUGAAUAUUUAAAUCAACAUCAUUUGAAUAAUAACAAUGGACAAAAACAAAAUUCUAACGUCAUUGAUUCUUCAAUUAACUCAAAUUUUAAAAAUUCCAUUUCAUUUUUAAACUUAUAUCAAAAUUUUAAAAAGAUUCAUCAAGAUUUAAUAAGGUUACAACAAUUCAUAGAGUUAAAUGAAACUGGAUUUUCUAAAGUAGUGAAAAAAUGGGAUAAAAGAUCAAAGUCACACACAAAGGAGUUGUUUAUAAGUACAGCAGUUAGUGUUCAGCCCGUAUUUCAUAAAAAUGAAAUUAAUGAAUUGAGUGAUUUGGUGACACAAUCAUUAUUUGAUAUUGAAAGUAUAAUGGAUGGAGAUUAUUCAUGUUUAAAUAAUUAUAGCAGUUUAGCACAUAAUGGAACCCCUAUCAAUGAUCCGAAUGUAGGUAGCAACGAUUCACAAAUAAUCACCAGUCCAGAUCAACUGCAGCAACUGCAACAACCACUUUUCAUCAGACAAUCAUCGAUAUCAAACAUUCAAUUAAACAACAGUGAGGUUGAUGAACUAUACUCAAGUUUUGUCAAUGUUGCUACAAUCAAAGAUCCAGAUUUGUCAUUACUAGCUAGAUGGAUUGAUAAAGUUAAUGGAUCACCAAAAUCACCGAAUGAAAAAUUCAAUCCGGAAGUUAAAUAUAAAGUAUCAAAAAUAUUUUUGUUAUCAAUAGCCAAUUUGAAAAUUUCAGAUUCAUUUCUUGAGUCAUUUUUGAAUUCCAUUAACUUUGAUAUUAAUUUUACUUUUGUUAAUGAUGAUUUUAAUAACAAUAAGACCGUUUUACAUGAAUGUUGUUUCAUACCACCAGCUUCAAACCAUGAGAGUCAUGUUGUCAUAAAUAAUGGAGUGAAAGUUAUAAGCUCAAACGAUUCGAUAAAUCAUUCAAGGACAUUCAUUGUUGAAUAUAUUAUGAAGAAUUUAUCACAAGAUGAAAUAAAAGCAUUAUUGAUACGUAAAGAUUUUAAUGGUAGAAAUUGUUUACAUUAUGCAGCACAAAAUAAUAGAGGUGAUUUAUUGGAUAUUAUAAUUGAAUCAUUUCCAAAAGAUCAUAUAGAUGAAGUUGAUAAUGAAUCUAUGUCACCACUACUUCUAGCGAUUAAGCAUGGUCAUUUACAUAUCAUCAAGAGAUUGGUACAAUUUGGAGCAAAUCCGUUCCCAAGAACAAACAAAGAAAUUUUACAAUAUUUACCUAUUAAUUAUGCAUGUAAAUUUGGUGAUUAUAAAACUUUAGAAUACUUACUUUCAAAUGAACCUUCAACCGAAUUAGUCAAAACAUUGGUUAAUCAACAAGAUGUCGAAGGUUUGUUACCAUUACAUGUGGUUUCAAGAGCUGGUCAUUAUAAAUUAAUCAAAUUAUUAAUUCAAUACGGAGCUGAGAUUAAUCAGACAGAUGGAUUUAAUAAAUGGACACCAAUAUUUUAUGCUGCAGCUGAAGGUCAUGUAAAUACAACUCAAGAAUUAGUUAAAUUCGGUGCAAAAUUGGACAUUGUUGAUGAAGAUGGAUAUAAUGUAUUAUAUUAUUGUGUUGUUGAAGGUCAUAUUGGCGUAAUUAAUGAACUUUUAAGCUAUCAUCAGAAAAAUUUUGAUCAGGAGAAGCAAAAUUUAGUGGAUGGAGUUAAUUUAGAUACUGGAAAUUCAAUGGCCAUACUAGAUACAAUUGGAGAUGAUGAUGAUUCAGAUGGAGGAUCGGUUGAUAAAAAUAAUGUUGAUAAUAUUCCAGAUUUACAAUUACCACCACCAAUUUUACCAUUACGUCGUUAUGGUCAUAAUUUUUUGGAACAAAAAGUACUUAUUGAAUUAAUUUUCCCACAAGAUGAUCAAUUAUUUAUUAAUUUAUUUAAUUCUACCACUGAUUUAAAACCUGGUAGAAUCACAUUAACUUCAAAUAUAUCAGAUAUUGUACCAAGAAAUAUAUUAUUACCAUUAGAAGAAAAAAGUAGUAAUAAUAAAUGUGUUUUUCAAACUGAUGUUGAUUCAUUAAAUGAAUUUCGUAUUGAUUUUGAAAUUUUUCCAAAAUUUGGUACAAGAUUAAUUGCUAAAACUACAGCUUUAUCAUUUCAACAUAUUGAUAAAACUUCACCUGAAAUUAGUUCAAUUGAAUUACCAUUAUUUGAUUUAAGAUUAAGAAAUAUUGGACAAUUGAAAUUUAAUUAUCAAAUUAUUUUCCCAUUUUCAGGUACUUUAUUAGAAACUUCAAAAUUUGAUACAUAUUGGAAAUCAUCAACAAGUUUUGUUAAAAAUAAACAAACAUUAAAAUUAAAUGCUGCAGGAGGUUUAUCACCAAACAACUUUUUAUCACCAAAUGCUAAUGCUGCUAUUAAUGCAACAAAUGUUUUAAGUCAUCAACAACUGCAACAACAACAACAGCAACAACCACCAGCACAAUCAGAUAUAGCAUCUAGUUCAUCUAUAGUAACAGCAACUUCAUUAUCUGGUGAAUAUUUAAGAAUUAAAGUUUGUUUAUUAAAUGAUGGAACACCAGUAGUUUGUCCUCAUUGGUCAAUUGCAAUUACUGCAAAUAUUGAUUUGUAUUUACCAAAUUUAUCAUUACAACAAUUAACAUCAAUAACAGAUGAUUUAUUUGAUUAUUCAAAAGUAAUACAUGAUUUAUCAAGAAUGACAGUAAAAGAUAUUGAUUUAAUAAAAAAAUUAUUAAGAAUUAUUUAUUUACCAUUAGAUAUUGUAUUAGAUAUUUUAAGUCCAGAUAUAAAUUUAAAUUUAGAAUUAAUUUUCCCAUCAUUUUAUGAACUUGAGAAAUUACCAUUUAUAAAUAAUAUAUCAAAAAAUUUAAAUAAUUUUAUUGAUUUUACAUUAAAUGAUGUUUUUAAUCAUAUAAAAACAAAAUCUAAAAUUUCAAAAAAUUCAAGAUCAAUAAUUUUUUUAUCAUCAAAUUCUUUAAUUUGUAAAAUUUUAAAUUGGAAACAACCUAAUUUUCCUGUUUUUUUAAUUAUGAAUGGUAUUACAUUUAAUAAUAAGUUAAAAAAAUUUGAACAAAGAUCAACUAAUGGAUUAUUAAUAGAAAAUGAAGACCAUCAAAGUAAUGAUGAUGAUACCAAUACAAAUAAUGAAAAUAUAACAACUUCUUUAAAUAAUUAUCAAGAAUUAAUAAUUAGAUCAAUAAAAGAAGCUGUUAAUUUUACAAUAAGUAAUAAUUUAUUUGGUUUAAUUACAUCAAUUCAUUUAUUAAAUUUAGUUCCAAAAUUAAUUCCUUUAAUUAGAUCAAGAGGUUUAAUUUUAGUUGCAUCAAGUGAUUUAUUAGAUAGUUAUAGUAAUUCUCAUUUAUAUAAUAAUAAUGGUGGUGGUAAUGAUAAUAUUGAAAAUGAUAAUUUAGAAAAUGAAGAUGAAGAAGAAGAAGAUGAAGAAGAAAAAUUAAAAAAAGAAUUACAUAGUUAUACAAAAACUGAAAUUAAUGGUUUAAGAUUUGAUGAUGUAUUAAGUUUUAAAGAAGAUAUCACUAUGUGA